CCAUACCCCCCACUCUUCGCCAACUCCACCAAGGCAUAAAAGAUAACUCUUGCUCCGAGGCUGGACCCGAUGAGGGUGAUUGGUCGGACACCGGGUUGUCUUGAGCGCAGAACGGAGGCGAGGACGAGACCUGCUGCACGGGCACACGGUCGAGGGCGUUGGACCAGGGAUUGUCGAUUACAAGUUUCGUUAGAACCAAGGAGAUGAGCUAGAGACUCGUGAUGGAGAAUGAAUGGGGAGUCUCGACUGGUGAUGCUGGGUGGAAAUGAAAGGAAACGAUAACAAUUGCAAUCAUGCAAUUAGCGCUCAGUCAUCGAUUUUCUCUUCCUUACAUCCAUCAUGUUCUAUGUAAUUUUACCUGUGCAUACACCGCUACCUGCCCAUUACAUGGGCACACAACGUUACUUGGGCUCACGCAAAACCGGCUGGAGCAAUACCAACAUCAACAUCAACGACGACACCGCAGUCAAACGAACAACGUUUUGGGGUGUUGAACGUACAAUGUACGAUUCCGGUUAUUUGGGAUGUCGAAUACUCAAAGUUUCUCUACCACCUCCAAAUCAUACACCACCACUCUCCCCUCCUUCUCUUCCUCCUCCACCGCCUCCACACACUCCUCGUCCUCGACGCUCAUCCAGCGCCUCCCCCUCCUCCCUAAACGACAAAUUCCCUCCUUCCUCCUCCGACAUCUGGGAUUCCGACGACGACAAUGGAUGGCAGGUUGGAAACAGAUGA